AUGGGCACCCUGAGGGACCUGCAGUAUGCUCUCCAGGAGAAGAUCGAGGAGCUGCGGCAGCGAGAUGCCCUGAUCGACGAGCUGGAGCUGGAGCUGGAUCAGAAGGACGAGCUGAUCCAGCGACUGCAGAAUGAGCUUGACAAGUACCGGUCAGUUAUCCGUCCGGCCACCGCGCAGCAGGUCCAGGCCCAGCAGCAGAACCUGGUCCUGCAGCCGGACCAGCACCGCAGCAAGAGGCAGGCCAUCUCCGCCGAGCCCACGGCCUGGGACAUCAGCGCCCUCAGCCACGUCACGCUGCCAUUCUACCCCAAGAGUCCUGAAUCAAAGGAUCUGAUCAAAGACGCCAUCUUGGACAACGACUUCAUGAAGAACCUGGAGCUGUCCCAGACCCAGGAGAUCGUGGACUGCAUGUACCCGGUGGAUUAUGGGAAAGACGCGUGCAUCAUCAAAGAGGGCGACGUGGGUUCACUCGUCUUCGUCAUGGAAGAGGGGAAGGUGGAGGUGACUAAAGAGGAGAUGAAGUUGUGCACAAUGGGGCCGGGAAAAGUGUUCGGAGAACUCGCCAUCCUCUACAACUGCACCCGCACGGCGACUGUCCGGACUCUGACGCCUGUGAAGCUCUGGGCCAUCGACCGUCAGUGUUUCCAGACGAUCAUGAUGAGAACUGGACUCAUCAAACACGCAGAGUACAUGGACCUACUGAACAGUGUUCCCACCUUCCAGGUUCUUCCAGAGGAAACUCUCCGUAAACUAGCGGACGUCAUGGAGGAGACACACUAUGAAGACGGCGAGUUCAUCAUCAGACAGGGCGCCCGCGGCGACACCUUCUUCAUCAUCAGCAAGGGAAAGGUGAACGUGACCGAGGAGAACUCAGCCAAUCAGGAGCCAGUUCACCUCCGAGAGCUCGUCAGGGGAGACUGGUUUGGAGAGAGAGCGCUGCAGGGGGAGGACGUGAGGACAGCCAGCGUCAUCGCUGCCGACUCCGUCACCUGCCUGGUCAUCGACAGAGACUCGUUCAAGCAUCUGAUUGGUGGAUUAGACGAUGUCUCAAGUAAAGGUUACGAGGACGCUGAAGCUAAAGCAAAAUACGAGGCGGAGAACGUCUUCUUCUCGCGCCUGAAGCUCAGCGACUUCAACAUCAUCGACACGCUGGGAGUCGGAGGCUUCGGGCGCGUGGAGCUGGUGCAGCUGAAGAACGAGGAAGCGAAGACGUUCGCCAUGAAGAUCCUGAAGAAACGACACAUCGUGGACACGAGACAACAAGAACACAUCCGCUCCGAGAAGGACAUCAUGACCGAGGCUCACUGCGACUUCAUCGUCAGGUUGUAUCGGACGUUUAAAGACAGUAAAUAUCUGUACAUGCUGCUGGAGACUUGUCUGGGAGGAGAGCUGUGGACCAUCCUGAGAGACAGGGGCUCGUUUGAAGACUCGACCACCAGGUUCUACACGGCCUGUGUCGUGGAAGCCUUCGCCUACCUGCACAUCAAAGGAAUCAUCUACAGAGACCUGAAGCCCGAGAACCUCAUCCUGGACAGCCGAGGAUACGCCAAGCUGGUGGACUUUGGUUUUGCCAAGAAGAUCGGUUUCUGUAAGAAGACGUGGACGUUCUGCGGGACGCCGGAGUACGUGGCUCCAGAGAUCAUCCUCAACAAAGGUCACGACGUCUCUGCGGACUACUGGUCUCUGGGCAUCCUGAUGUUCGAGCUGCUGACCGGCAGUCCCCCGUUCUCAGGCCCAGACCCGAUGAAAACCUACAACAUCAUUCUGAGAGGCAUCGACAUGAUCGAGUUCCCCAAGAAGGUCACCAAGAACGCCGCCAGCCUCAUAAAGAAGCUCUGCAGAGACAAUCCGUCCGAGAGACUCGGGAACCUGAAGAACGGAGUCAAGGACAUUCAGAAGCACAAGUGGUUUGAAGGUUUUAACUGGGAGGGUCUAAAGAAAGGAACCCUGACUCCGCCCAUCACACCCGAUGUUUCUUCUCCCACGGACACCAGCCACUUCGACAGUUUCCCUGAAGACACGGACGAGCCGCCGCCAGACGACAACACGGGAUGGGACUACGACUUCUGAGGUAAACCUGAAGCUCUACGAAGAUAAGACGACUUCUCAGCAAACUGAAUGAAACCAGUUCUUCUUCUGCGUGUCUCCAGCUGAAGAACCUGGGACGUCCGAGCGUGGCCGGACCUUCGGGAAUCAAACCCGCGACUCUCUGUCAGCACAUCCUGUCCCCAACUUAGUUCAGCGCUGUUAUUUCUCACAAGUCAAACAACUUUUUCAACAUAAGUUAACAUGGUUUUAAAACAAGUUAGAGCAACUCCCUUCAGCUCCCCCUUGAGGGCAACAUAGACACUGCAGCCAGCAGGAAACCUGCGCCUGUCCAGUGUCCCCUCAUCCCUGGCUGACCUUUGACCCCUCGUAGGAUCGACUUCCUGUCCUUGACAUCUGGAGCGUGAGUUGAGGGGUCGGGCGAAGGAGAGAAAGUGACCUGAGCCUGAAGGUCGAGCUUAAGGUCACUAUGAUGCCUUCACUUCUCAUGUCAGUUGUGGGAUUUUAAAAAUCUUUACACAUCGUGAUUCAUCAAAACAACAAAAUGAAAACACAGAACUAUUC